UAUUUUUGUAACUUCACCUUUAAAAUACGCGCGGAAACGUGUUCUGUGGGCUAACUCCCGCGAGGAAUCUUAUCACCUCUCUCUCUCUCCUCUCUUUCUCUCUCCAACUCCCGUAACCGAACCCGAGCCCUUUCCUUCCCCUCUUCUUCUUCCCCGUGGAAACCCUAACCCUAAGCCUAAGCCUAAUUACCGCUACCUAAUGGUCUCGAGUGCCCUCCACCACUUCUCCUCCUCCAAACCCUCCUCUCAUGUGCAAGACCAAAUCCGCGGCCAUGGCGUCCACACCCAAAUCCCGGCACCAGAGCUCCUCCCGCUCCACCGCCACCGCCGGCGCCACCACUACCUCCUCCUCCGCCGCCGCCGCCAUUAGCAGCCGCCGCACCGCCGCAACGAGCUCGUCCUCGUCCUCGUCCCUCUACUCCUCCGCCACCUCGUCGAGCCUCGCCGCGCUCCGCGACUCCCUCCCGGAGCUCCCCGCGCUCUACCCCUUCGCCGAGGUCGCGGCCGCCACCAACAACUUCCUCUCGAAGCGCCUCUCCGCGCGCUCGGCGUCGUGGCGCUGCUCCCUCCGCGGCAAGGACGCGGCGGUGUUCCAGCGCGCCCUCCGCGGCGGCUCCGACCUCGCCGCCCUCUCCGCGCGCCUCGCCGCCCUCGGGAAGAGCCACCACACCAGCCUCGCCCGCCUCCUCGGCGCCUCCCUCGGCGGCGACCACGUCUACAUCGCCUACGAGUUCGUCCCCGGCGCCUCCCUCCGCGACUGCCUCCGAAACCCUCGGAACCCCAACUUCACCCCCCUCUCCUCCUGGAUCUCCCGCAUGCAGAUCGCCGCCGACCUCGCCCAGGGGAUCGAGUACAUCCACCUCCACUCCGCCGCCACCGUCCACAACCGCAUCAAGAGCUCCGCCGUCAUCGUCACCGAGCCCGGCUUCCGCGCCAAGAUCUGCCACUUCGGCGCCGCCGAUCUCGCCGGCGACGUCCCCGCCGACGCCGUCCUUCCCUCCUCCUCCGAUCGAAUUCUCCCUCGAUCGGGCAGCGGCGGCCGGCGCAUCGAGGGGACGAGGGGCUACAUGGCGCCCGAGGUGAUCGCCGGGGGGAGGGUCUCCCCGCAAUCCGACAUCUACGCCCUCGGCGUCGUCCUCCUCGAGCUCGUCUCCGGCGAGGAGCCAUUGAAGUACCGAUACGAUCGCCGCAGGGGCGAAUUGGAGCGGCAAUCGCUGAUCGACACGGCAUUGGCGGCGGCGGCGAGCGGGGAGGGCGUGAGGAGGUGGGUGGACCUGAGGCUGCGGGACUCGUACCCGGUCGACGCCGCGGAGAGGCUGGUGGGCGUGGCGCUGCGGUGCGUCGAUGCGGAGGCCGCGGCGAGGCCGGAGAUCGCGUGGGUCGCCGGGAAGGUCUCCAAGCUCUACCUCGACUCCAAGGCCUGGGAUGAGACCGUUAGGGUUCCCACCGAUUUCUCCGUCACCAUUGCUCCCCGGUGACACCACUGGAUCGCAAUUCGCAGGGAUGAUGAGUUCCUCGCAACAAGGGACAGGAGUGAAAAAGAGCGUGUGGGGAAAAUUUCAUCUCCUCGGCCUUAAGAUCGACGGUUCUGGAACAAUAGGGACUUUGCCCUUUUUUUGGGGCGAGGCGUUUUGGGCUUUUUUGUAUUUUUGUAUUUUUCUGUGAUCAUAAAAUUUGAUGAUUGAUGUUGGAAAUUUUAAAUCACAGCGAAGAAAAUGAGAUAGGUAUAUAAAAACUGACAAAUUAGUCAUUGUAUAUGUAUAUUAUAUGAUCAUGAUGUUGUUAUAACAUUACUAAGCUAAAAGAAAUAAUAAUAAAAAAAAAAUGUAGGUAAACUUCA